GCGCGCGCGCUCCCAAUUCCACCCGCCCGCAGAGCGCCAGUCCGCGGCUCGGCGCCGGCGGACUGCCGGCCAGACUGCCUGUGGGACGCGAGAGGGGCAAACGGGAGCCAGUCAAGGGAGACCAAGGGACCGAAGCCCUGGACGCUGAGCACCCGGCACCCGCCAAGCUGCUGCGCUCCCCGGCUGGGUAGGGGACAGCUACUGAGUGCUGGCGAACCCAGUUAACGGAUUACCGCAGGAAAACAAGAUGUCACCGUGGAUCCUUGGCCUCCAGGGCCCAGUGAGGGGGGAAUAAGAGCUGGGGGCUGGUUGGCUCUCAGACUGAAAGGCAGCCAUGGAGACGGCGUAUGAGCAACUCAAUGAGAGCCAGGCGUGGCCGCCCUCUCCAUUUGACCUGGACGGCUCCGUGUCGGCAGCCAACAACUCCAACCAGACGGAGCCGUACUACGACGUGACCAGCAACGCGGUCCUCACGUUCAUAUACUUCGUGGUCUGCAUCGUCGGGCUGUGUGGCAACACUCUUGUCAUUUAUGUCAUCCUCCGCUACGCCAAGAUGAAGACCAUCACCAACAUCUACAUCCUCAACCUGGCCAUCGCGGACGAGCUCUUCAUGCUGGGGCUGCCCUUCUUGGCCAUGCAGGUGGCGCUGGUCCACUGGCCCUUUGGCAAGGCCAUCUGCCGGGUGGUCAUGACUGUGGACGGCAUCAACCAGUUCACCAGCAUCUUCUGCUUGACCGUCAUGAGCAUUGACCGCUACCUGGCUGUGGUCCACCCCAUCAAGUCGGCCAAGUGGAGGAGACCCCGGACAGCCAAGAUGAUCAAUGUGGCUGUGUGGGGGGUCUCCCUGCUGGUCAUCUUGCCUAUCAUGAUAUAUGCUGGGCUUCGGAGCAACCAGCGGGGGCGAAGCAGCUGCACCAUCAACUGGCCGGGUGAAUCGGGGGCGUGGUACACGGGGUUCAUCAUCUACGCGUUCAUCCUGGGGUUCCUGGUGCCGCUCGCCAUCAUCUGCCUUUGCUACCUGUUCAUUAUCAUCAAGGUGAAGUCCUCUGGCAUCCGAGUGGGUUCCUCUAAGAGGAAAAAGUCCGAGAAGAAGGUCACUCGAAUGGUGUCCAUAGUGGUGGCGGUCUUCAUCUUCUGCUGGCUCCCCUUCUACAUAUUCAACGUCUCCUCCGUCUCCGUGGCCAUCGAUCCCACCCCGGCCCUUAAAGGCAUGUUUGACUUUGUGGUGGUCCUCACCUACGCAAACAGCUGUGCCAACCCUAUCCUCUACGCCUUCUUGUCUGACAACUUCAAGAAGAGCUUCCAGAACGUCCUCUGCCUGGUGAAGGUGAGCGGCACGGAGGACGGGGAGCGGAGCGACAGCAAGCAGGACAAGUCCCGGCUGAACGAGACCACGGAGACCCAGAGGACCCUCCUCAACGGAGACCUCCAAACCAGCAUCUAAACCGCCUGGCAGAACAGAACCAGCCACGCUCUUGCCCACCGGCGGAGGACGCCCUUCUCAGACCCUGCUCCCUCCACCCACCUGCACACCUGGCUUCUAGAACCGAGGGCCGCUCGGCAGGAGCCCAGGUCACAGAACCGUGCUGAUAGGUAACGAUCACAUUGAUUGCCUCCCCCUCAAGGUGAACAUUCGAAUGCCGGCAGACAAUGCAAAGUCUGGAGACCUACGACCUUGCGGGAUGCUCAAGGUCAACAAAAAGAAAAAAAGAAAAACAAACAAACAAACAAAAAACCCUAUGUGCGUGUUUGUGAGCUUCAAGCCCAGUGUGUAAACUUGUGUUCUUAUAUUUACACGUGUAGGUUCCUGCCCAGUCUCUGUACAGUCGUCACUUUACAUUUCUUGUGUUCGGUACACGAGUAGCAAGUUGAAGUGCGCGUGGUGCCGUGGACACAUGCCACAGCGUGGAACCCGAGGAACAGGACUCGGCGUGAGGCCGACAGAGUUCACGCGUCAGGGGUGGCUCCCGCGUGGGCCUUUCCAAACCCAGGACACACCCGAGCGCCCUGUCCCUGUGGUCAUAUGCUUUUGUAAAUUACUGUGAAAGUAAGAUAUUUUUGUAUUCUUUCUCCUAAGAGGGCCCCCUAAGUUACAUAAGCGUCCAGUCUCCCCAGAGCUGCCUCUUCCGCUGGGUGUUUUCCUCAUUUAUUUCAAGCAGCCGAGGCCAAACGCAGGAGGGGGAAGGGAGAAGACAUCUGAAGACCCAGAAUAUAAACCUGUGAGUCUCCUGUCCUCAGAUACAAUCAGUUACUCAUUUACUCCAAAGGAUCGAAAUGCUCGUGGUCAUCAAUCAUGGUAUUUAUCAACACAAAGCCUGCUUUAUUAUAAGGUUCUGUUUUUCGUCUUCUCAAUUUGCUUUAUUCUUUCUUAGGGAGCCACAGAGGGGGAAACCACUAACCUGAAAGGCAAAAAGUGGACUAUGAUUCUUGUGGG